AGCGCUCUUCUUCUUCCUCACUCGACCGACUGUGCUAGUAGUCGACCUCGGACCGAUCGAUCCAAUUGUAGCUUGAUUUCCGAUCGAAUUUUUUCUGGGUUUUGCUCCUUCUUUGUUUCUGAGCGAUCUGUCUCUGAUUUCUUCAGGGAUUUGUUGAUGCUUUUCUAAUACACAGUGUGCUAGACAGAGAUGGAUCGCCAAGACCCUUCAAGUUCAACAUUUGAACAGUUCUACCGCUGUUACCCUGUCGCUUUCCUGGAUAAGCCGCAUCUGGAGAAAGGAAACAAAGUUAUCAUGCCACCCUCAGCUCUUGAACGACUGGCAUCCCUUCAUAUUGACUACCCAAUGCUCUUUGAGCUCCAUAACCCUUCUAUUGAACGAGUCACACAUUGUGGAGUUCUCGAAUUCGUUGCAGAAGAGGGUUUGAUCUACUUGCCAUAUUGGAUGAUGGAGAACCUCCUCCUGCAAGAGGGAGAUCUUGUGCAGCUGAGAAAUGCCAGCCUGGAAAAGGGAACUUAUGUCAAACUGCAGCCACACUCCAUGGACUUCUUAGAUGUUUCCAACCCCAAAGCAAUUUUGGAGACCUCCUUGAGGAAUUACUCUUGUUUGACAACCGGUGAUACCAUCUUGGUUGCAUACAACGACAAGAAGUACUACAUCAAUAUAGUGGAGACAAAACCCUCUGCUGCAGUGAGCGUUGUGGAAACAGAUUGUGAAGUAGACUUCGCUCCACCUCUGGAUUAUAAAGAACCUGAGAAACCUGCUCCUACUUCAAAGGCCAACAACGCCCUACCUGAAGUUCUAGAGGAGGAGCCACCGUUAAAGAAGUUCAAUGCAUUUACCGGUUCAUCGAGACGACUUGAUGGCAAACAGUUAGCAGAACUAGCUGAAUCAACUGCAAGUUCUGUUGUCAAACAACCUCAGAUAGAGGGCAAAGAAAACAGCAAUGAUUCGAAGUCUGCGUUGGCCUCUGCUUCGGUUCAGCAGUCUGGGAAAUUGAUCUUUGGUGCCAACCAAAAGCGCCCCCGAGAAAGAGAUGAAACCACAAAUAUCCCGGCAAAGAAAAGAAGUCAAGAGCCAGAGAAAGGGGAGCAAGAACCAAAGUUCCAUGCAUUCACUGGGAAGAAAUAUACACUCAAGGAUUAGUAUUUGGCGAUAGCUUUUAGCCCACAAGAGAUGUAGAGCACAGAUUCGUCCGUGUAAUAGUUGGCUCUUUCAUAGUUCAUUUUCUAUGUACACAGUUAGGGGUGUGUAUACAGAUUCGACCAAAUCGGCAUCUGGACUGAAUCGUACCGAACCUAAUAUAAUUUGAUCUGGUUAUUGGAUCUAAUGAAUAUUAUAAGUACUA